AUGGAGAUUACGCUAAAGAGGUUGGGUCAUCCGGCUAAGAAUUUAAAGGUCACGGAAGAUACAACAGUUGCUGAAAUUCUGUCUCAGGUACUGUCUGAUUUUGAUGUCGAAAGUGAAAGAAUCUCAUUUUUAUUCAAAGGAGUUCCACUUAGUGAUAAGCACCGCAGCUUAAAGGACUAUUCUAUAAAGUCUGGAGACAAAAUCAUGGUCGCCAUAAAGGCACCGCGGAAGCCCCAUUUCGAACAGGUACUACAAAAGUAUUUACAAACCGACUACAGUCCUGCUGAGGCACAAGCAAUUACCUCCAGAUUUAUGAGCCUUCUUUCCUCUACUUUGGAUUCUCUAAGUAUAGACGAUAUUAACCGGCUGGCUGGUUCUAUCAACAAGUCCUGA